AUGGGCGUCAGGGCGCCGCUCACGAUGGCGUUGCUCUGUGUCCUCGCGCUUCUCGUGGGCGCGCUGGGCGUUUCCUCGGGCGUGAGUGCUGACACGCCCGUCCAGGACAUCCUGCGCGCUGGCCUGAAGGCGCGCGACGCCCGCCUGCUCUCGGAGACGGAGCCCCAGGGCGAGCUCGGGUUCCUGACGCCGGGUCAGACUGUGGAGGCGCCGCUCAGGCGGAAGGAAGCCGGGUUCUUGCCGCGCGCCAUCCCGGAUGCGGGCGCUCUUGAGACCUCCAUCUUCAUCUCGGGGAGCGACGCUCUGGUGGCGACCGGCUGUAUCAUCGACAGAAUCGGCGUCGAAAUCAACAUCACUCACCCGAGGGUCCAGGAACUGGACAUUUACCUCCAGGGACCUGCGAAAACCGAGGUCGAGCUCGCCGCCGACGUCCGCGGCGGGUCGGCGAACGCGACCCUGCGGCUGUACGACGCUGGCGACGUCGACAGCAACGGCAGGCGCCCGGUGCUCGUGCGCGUCGACGAAGCGUCCGGUCCGCUCGUAGGCGACUUCGCUCCUGAGGAGGGGCUGACGCCCAUGUUCCGCGGCAAGUCGCCGGCGGGCACGUGGACGCUCAAGGUGUCGGAUGCCACGCAAUCUCCCUCUAACGCCACGCAGGAGCUGCUGGGCUUCGCGCUGCUGUUCCAGUGCCGCGGCGAGGAGCGCGUCAAGUUCGAGAAGGAGCCGCGCGAUUUGAACGGCGACCCGCUCGCUCUCGACGCACUGGCCGUCAUCGACAGCCUGGAGGUGGCGGCCGAGGACAGCUGCACUGUCGACGCCAUUGAUCUUGACUUCUCGCUGCGGCUCGACUACACGAGCGCGGAGAAGUUGGUGGUGCCGUACAUCGUCAAGAUCCCCCCGGGCGUCCCGCUGCUGAACACGACCGCGUUUUUGGACGGCCUCGGCGACGGGACGCUGCCUGGCAUCAACAUCAACUUCGCGGGACCGACUUCGCCGGGAGCGCAGACCGUGAACGUCGCCGCGAGCGGUAUCUCGACGUUCGACGGUGCACCCUCUGAGGGCAACUGGUUCUUCGUGCUGGUCAACAACGACGUGGCGGCUGAGGACGCGCUGCUGUCCUGGGCGGUGUCGGUGUCCUGCCGGCCGACGCGGAUCUUCCCGCCGACGUGCCCUGCGGGGUACAACGACACCGUGCCUGCGUCGCUGCAGCGGGAGAGGCGGCUGCUCGCCUAUGAGACCAGGAGGAUGAUGGCGGGCGAGACGGCCACCAAAACCACCAGCAACGCGACGGUCGCCCCUGACGCCACCGUCGCGCCCAUGGUACCGCUCAACACUACCUUUCAGUACGCACUGGACCUGUCGACCACCGCGGGCCUCACGGCGCUCGAGUGGCUCUCGCGGUCCUCGAGGUUGCAGCCUCUGGCAAUCAACACAACUGUCGACACGGACGCCGAGGUGAUCCGCUUCAACGGACGCAGUACCGGCGACAGCGGCGUGCUCGUCUUCAUGCCCUUCUCUGCGGAGGAGCUGGGCGCGGCCAUCAACGUCUGGGCCGAGGUACGCGUUGGCGACGCCAACCUCGCCACUUCGGGCGAGUUCUGGCUGACCAUCAGCGGAGCCGAUGAGGACACGACCAGGAGUGCGCAGGGAUACGAUGUGCACGAGUCGCUCGACGAGAUGGGUCGCAACAUUCGGGCUGGCGUCGCCCACGACCGCGCGGUGGAGGAGUACUACCUGUACGUCCGCGUCGGACGCCACGUGGCGCUGAGCCAGAGGAUGUCGUCGUUCGAUGACGGCAUGUGGCGCACGCUCCAUCUGCACCUGGAUCGCGACACAGGCGUCGGACUGAUCCAGUUCGGCGAGGUUUCGUACGACCUGGUGGUCCCGAAGGACCUGCUCUGGGUCCCCGACCUGCGGCACAACGGCACCGUGCUGGCCGCCGCCCGGAGCCUGUCCAGCUCAGACGUGCCAGCGGCCAGUUACGAGCUGCGCAACAUCUUCUUCUGCGGCAACCCGCUCGGCGCCCCCCGCACGGCGCCCGAGAACCCCACUCCUGGGGUUGACGUCGGGCUCGCUGUCGCCUGGCGCCAGGGGAGCAGCCUGGGCUCGGGUAUGUCGAUCCCGGCACGCGGUGCUCGCGAGGUCUCUACUUCCGUCUCAUCUUUGGACGAAGUGGCGAGCAGAUGCGUCCUCGAGCAGCUUCUGGUGGCCGUUGAGGUGGAGCACCCCCGCGUUGGCGACCUCGACAUCGCCGUGCGGGCACCAGACGGCACGCAGGCGCUCCUGUGGGCGGGCGACGCUCAGCAGACCGGCAGCGACCUCCGCGCGGUGUUCUGGGACGGCUCCUCGGUCCCGCCAGGCAGCGUGGAUGGUCCUUACAUCAGUGGGGCGAUCGACCUCGAGGCUGGCCGCGACGGGCAGGGCGUGCGUCCGGCCCAUGCGCUCGGAGUCAUGCGUCGGCACGAGAUUGAAGGCACCUGGACGCUCAAGGUCUCCGACCGCACUCCGAGCGCUGCUGGAAGCGCGACAGCGCCCCCCGACGACACGCGCCGCAUCAAGAGCUGGGCCCUGGGCUUCGUGUGCGGUGACCCCGUGAGAAACUUCACGCGGGAGCCGGAGGUGCCCCUGGGGGACCGGCGGUGGACGGUGGACACCCUGACCAUCGCCCCGGAGGACUCGUGCAUCGUCGAGGACGUCGACGUCACGCUCAACAUCUCGCACCCGCACGCUCAGGACCUCGGAGUGUAUCUCACCCGGUCGUUCAGGUCCAUCGAGAUGUACAGGGAGCUUGGCGCAGGGGGGCUGGACAGCCAGGUCAUCACGUAUGGGGACGACGUUUCCGAGGACUUUACGCUGCCAUUAACACCCAGCAUAUGGCGGCGCAAAAUGCUUUCGACCCCGUCGUACGCGAGGUUCACGUCGACCGAUUACACUACUUUCAGGGCCAGCGCUUUCGAGAGCGGUUCGAGUGAGGGGACGUGGACGCUGCGCGUCAAGGACGACUUCAGCGGCGACAACAACGGGACCGUGCUGCACAGCUGGAGCCUGAGGAUCAUGUGCCGCAGCGAGAUCCCGCGCACCGAGGAGCUGGAGUGCGACGGCGGGCCGCGGCGUCAGGUGAACGCGACUGAUCUGUCUCGGGGCGAGAAGUUCUACUGGCUGAACGGCUACUCGACGACGUCGCGCGCAUCGCGCGAGCUGGUGGUUGACACGGCGUCAGACGUGACCACUCUCGCGUCCGGAGCGAGGGAGGACCUGGCGGGCUUCUUGUUCCUUCCACAGGACGUCGCAAACACGUCCGCCCUCGGCAGCAUGAUCGACGUAUCUGCGGAAUUGUCGCUGUUCGGCGACAUGUACCAGCAAGGUGGCGCAGUGUGGAUCGAAGUCGGCCAGGAGGAUCCCUCAAUCGAGCGGCCCCCUUCCUACAUCGGAUUCAACCCGCACAGGGCAGACCGCAUGAGCAUUCGCGCCGGCCUGCAGUGGGGCGAGUCCCGUAAUGCACCGACGGUCUUCGUGCAGGCCGGGUGGCACCGCUUCACGGCGCGGCUGUCGGACACCGUCUACUUCGAGAACAUCUGGCGCACGUUCAGGCUGGUGCUCAACAUGACGUCUCUGACGGGGCGCGUGAGGUUCGGGGCCGAGUCCGUGUCGUUCUCCCUGCCGGCACCCGUCGUGCUCGAGAUCGGCGAGGGCUCCCGGGUGUUCCUCGGAACGUGGACUGAUCCUGAGUACUCCUCCUCGGCCGUGCGGCAGCGCGUGCGGAACGUCAACUUCUGCCCCUCGGCGCGUACCCCCGGAAGUGACGCCGUGCGGUCGGCAGCACUGCCGCGCCAGCCCGUCUCCUACUCGUUCGGCACGUUUGACAGGAACCGCGGUAUCCCCGAUCACGGCGCUACCGAGGCGCGCACGUCCGUCUCUUCUUCGUACGGUCAGAGCGGGUAUUACGCUUGUCCGUUGGUUGGCGUCAAGGUCACCGCCGCCGUCGUGCACCCGCGGCCCGAGGAUCUCCAGUUGCGCCUCAAGUCCCCCGCUGGGAAGGAAGUCCUGCUCUCCGGCGCAGGGGCGAACGGCACCGUGGUGUUCAGCGACGGCGCGGCGCAGACCAUCUCCGAGAUGGGCGCCCUCACCCCCGGUACGUCGACAGAAGCCCGUCCCGACGAGCCCUUGUCAGCGUUCACCGGCUUCUACCCAGACGGCACUUGGACCCUCAAGGCGUCGGAUGGGGUGCCAGGCGGCGUCGGUGAGCAGGUCCUGCGAGACUGGGAGCUUGAGCUGGAGUGUCACGAGGUGUUAGCCUUCACGACGGGCCGAGAAAUGGCGAUCCCUGACGGCUCGUACGCGACAGACACCGUGACCAUAGCCGAGGAGGACAGCUGCGAGAUCUUCCAGACCCGCGUCCGCCUGGACCUGACGCACCCGCACACCGACGACCUGCGCGUCUUCCUGCGCAGUCCCCAGGGGCGAAUUCAGAGUUUGUACAACGAGCCGGGCUUCAGUGGCUCCCCAUACAACUUCUCCUCGAACGCGUACACCUCGACGUCCUUCCAGUCGACGUCCAGUGCUGGCAACUGGACGUUGCUGGUUCAGGAUGACUUCAAGGCAGACGUUGGCACCCUGGCGUCAUGGUCGCUGGAGACCAUAUGCUAUGGCAAGCCCCUGGCUGUGGUGGAGCAGGUGUGCGAGGGCGAGGGCCCGCUGGCGGUGCAGGCGGCGAGCGCGGGCAGUGCGCUGGUGCUGGACGCGUUCAGUAACGUUGCCCGUACCAACACGAGCACGUACAACGCGACUGUGGGCGACGUCAUCACGCUGCGGCCGGAGGGGCCGAGCACAAACACCCGGCUGGCGAUGGCGUACGUGGCGGGCGUGAACGCGUCGGCGGUGCUGGCGUACGGGACGCUGGACGUGACGUUUGACGUGCAGGUGGACUUCACGGGCACGUUCUGGGAGGGGUACGUGUUUGUGGACGUGGGCGUGGAGAGCGCCGCGGAGGUGGAGGGCGACCGGUACACGACGCUGGACGGCUGGUCCGACUCGGUGGGCGGGGCGGCGCGCGUGAUCCUGCGCAACUACUACGGGACGUGGAACGCACGGCUGCAAACUCCUGACAGUGAAGCAGAGAUGAGGGUGGAGCAGAGCAUCGUGUCCGGGGAGACGUACAGGCUGCGGGUGCGGCACGACCUGACGACGCUGGAGACGCGCAUCGAGGUGGGCAACGAGGAGCGGCACUACGGCAUGGAUACCUUCCACAGGGUGGACGCGCCGGUGCACGAGGGGGUGCGCGUGGGCGUGUACGUCGGGUUCAGCGGGGAGGAGGUGCAGGAGGUGCGCGUGGGCAACAUGAGCUUCUGCGGGGGCAAGCACGCGGCGGUGACGGGCGAGGGCCCGGACAGCGGGAGGGACCUGCCGCCGGUGUGGCGGACGGUGGGGGCUGACCGGAAGAGAGCUGUGCUGCUGGGCGAGGGCAGCGGGUCCGUGGCGGCCGUGGUGGCGGCGGCGGAGGGUGUGGCGCCGUCGGAGCUGAUCAGGGGCGGUAGGAAGCUGCUGGACGUGUCGUUCGACCUGAUGAUGGAGUUUGACGGGACGACGAGCUCGUUGAGCCAGGACUACGUGUUUGUGGACGUGGGCGCGGAGGGGCUGGAGGGCCUGGCGGGCGAGGACUACUCGAGCGGGCUGUCGCAGUCGAGGGCGGCGGUGCGGAUCGCGUUCUACAGGCGCAGCGGGUACUCCUGGCCGUACUGGGACGUUUACGUGCAGACCGCUGGGAGCAACAUUCUGGGCAGUUCCUUCGUGACGCUGCGGUCCGGCACGGCGUACCGCGUGCGCUUUACGGUGGACCUGGUGAGCAACGUGGUGGGCCUCUACCUGGACGGCGGGUAUAUCGGGGGCUCGACUGAUAUCUUCUACCUGGAGCGCUCGCUGGAGGAGCGCGGGCAUCUGACGGGCGUGAGGGUCGGCGCGGUUGACGGAUCGAGCGGCUCGCACACGCUGCAUGCGGCGCACGUGGGCAACGUGACGUUCGCCGAGUACGGCAUCGCGGAGGUGCCGGACCACGGGGCGGUGGAGGUGGCGACGCGCGUGACGCGGUCGGCGCUGUCGAGCUUCGCGGGCUGCACGGUGCAGGACAUGCAGGUGCGUGUGGAGGUGGCGCACGAGUCGGCGUGGGACCUGGAGCUGCGGGUGAAGUCGCCGAGCCAGCGCGAGGUGCUGCUGUGGGGCGGCGACGGCGUGGCGCGGGCGGCGGGCGCGGGCGCGGGGCGGUCGAGCGUGGCGGCGGUGUUUUGGGACGAUGCGCCGGUGGCGGCCGGGAGCGACGCGGCGCUGCCGCUGACGGGCGUGGUGCGGCCGCAGGGGCGGCUGCGGGACUUUUUCGGCGAGGACCCGGAGGGCACGUGGGUGGUGAAGGUGUCGGACGGGCGGGCGAGCGACGCGGCGGAGCUGGCGGAGCGCGCGCAGGCGGUGCGGGCUGUGGAGCUGGAGUUUGCGUGCGACGGGCCGCGGCGCGGGUAUACGGCUGACGUGGGCGAGGCGGUGCCGAACGGGGGCGUGCUGGUGUCGACGCUGGAGGUGGCGGCGGAGGACAGCUGCCCGCUGCGGUACGUGGACGUGAGCGUGGACAUACCGCACCGGCACGUGAAGGACGUGUACGUGUACCUGACGGCGCCGAACCGGGACGUGCGGCGGCUGUAUUUUGGCGACAGCGAGGGGCGCGACGGGGAGGCGAACGUGACGCGGCAGCUGCUGCAGCAGUCGCAGGCGUACCUGGGGGACGAGAGCGCGGGCGCGUGGAAGCUGCGGGUGUACGACGACUUUGGGUCGGACGUGGGGUCGCUGGCGUCGUGGAACAUGGCGCUGACGUGCGAGCCGGAGGUGCUUGGUGUGGUGGAGCAGGUGUGCGAGGGCGAGGGCCCGCUGGCUGUGGAGGCGGCGAGCGCGGGGAGCGCGCUGGUGCUGGACGGGUCGUACGAUGUGGCGGCGACCAACACGAGCACGUACAACGCGACUGUGGGCGACGUCAUUACGCUGCGGCCGGAGGGGCCGAACACGAACGACAGGCUGGCGAUGGCGUACGUGGAGGGCGUGAACGCGUCGGCGGUGCUGGCGGGCGGGACGCUGGACGUGACGUUUGACGUGCAGGUGGACUUCACGGGACCGUCGUGGGAGGGGUACGUGUUUGUGGACGUGGGCGUGGAGAGCGCGGCGGAGGUGGAGGGCGACCGGUACUGGACGCUGGACGGCUGGUCCGACUCGGUGGGCGGGGCAGCGCGCGUGAUCCUGCAGAACAACUACGGGACGUGGUACGCACGGCUGCGCACGUCUGACAGGAGCGCCGAGCUGAGGGUGGAGCAGAGCAUCGUGUCCGGGGAGACGUACAGGCUGCGGGUGCGGCACGACCUGACGACGCUGGAGACGCGCAUCGAGGUGGGCAGCGAGGAGCAGUCCUACGGCAUGGAUACCUUCCACCAGGUGGACGCGCCGGUGCACGAGGGGGUGCGCGUGGGCGUGUACGCGGGGAACAGCGCGUCGGAGGUGCAGGAGGUGCGCGUGGGCAACAUGAGCUUCUGCGGCGGCAAGCACACGGCGGUGACGGGCGAGGGCCCGGUGAGCGGGAGGGACCUGCCGCCGGUGUGGCGGAGGGUGGGGGCUGGCCGGAACGCUCUCACGGUUGUCGAGGCCAAGAGCGUGGACGCGAGCGCGGCGAGCAACCUGGUCGUGCCAGGCAGUGGUGGGCUGGUGGCGACGAACACGUCUGCGUACAACGCGACGACGGGCGCGGUGACGGUGGUGCCGCAGAGCGCAGCAGGGUCCACAGCUGUUGGUGUGGCGGUGUUGCAGGGCGUGGCGCCGUCGCAGCUGCUUUCGAACGGCAGCAAGGUGCUCGAUGUCGCGUUCGACCUGAUGAUCGACUAUGACGGGACGGACUCGAGUACCUUUGUGUUCGUCGACGUGGGGACGGAGGGCCUGGAGGGACUGGUGGGCGAGAGUACCGAAACACUUGCGUCGCUGUCUCAUCCGUGGGCAGCGGUGCGGUUUGCUUUCGGCCGCAGUGGUUCGUUUUGGAGUGCACAGAUCGAGGCCCCGGGCGAGGGCCGCCGCCUUCUGAGGCAUUCCUUCGCGGUGCAGUCCGGCACGGUGUACCGCGUGCGCUUCACGGUGGACGUCAGCAACAGGAGGAUGGAGUUCUACCUGGACGGCAUCUUGGCCAGACGAGACGACAUGCGGUCUGAUUUCUUCUACCUGGAGCGCUCGCUGGAGGCACGCGGGCAUCUGACGGGCGUGAACGUCGGAGCGUUCGACCGCAGUAGGUCCAGGCUGCAUGCCCUGCAUGUGGGCAACUUGGAAUUCGGCACCGAGUUUGCCGUCGCGGAGGUGCCGGACCACGGAGCAGUCGAGGUGGAGACGCAUGUGUCGCGGUCGGCGCUGUCGAGCUUCGCGGGCUGCAGGGUGCAGGACAUGCAGGUGCGUGUGGAGGUGGCGCACGAGUCGGCGUGGGACCUGGAGCUGCGGGUGAAGUCGCCGAGCCAGCGCGAGGUGCUGCUGUGGGGCGGCGACGGCGUGGCGCGGGCGGCGGGCGCGGGCGCGGGGCGGUCGAGCGUGGCGGCGGUGUUUUGGGACGAUGCGCCGGUGGCGGCCGGGAGCGACGCGGCGCUGCCGCUGACGGGCGUGGUGCGGCCGCAGGGGCGGCUGCGGGACUUCUUUGGCGAGGACCCGGAGGGCACGUGGGUGGUGAAGGUGUCGGACGGGCGGGCGAGCGACGCGGCGGAGCUGGCGGAGCGCGCGCAGGCGGUGCGGGCUGUGGAGCUGGAGUUUGCGUGCGACGGGCCGCGGCGCGGGUAUACGGCUGACGUGGGCGAGGCGGUGCCGGACGGGGGCGUGCUGGUGUCGACGCUGGAGGUGGCGGCGGAGGACAGCUGCCCGCUGCGGUACGUGGACGUGAGCGUGGACAUACCGCACCGGCACGUGAAGGACGUGUACGUGUACCUGACGGCGCCGAACCGGGAGGCGCUGCGGCUGUAUUUUGGCGACAGCGAGGGGCGCGACGGGGAGGCGAACGUGACGCGGCAGCUGGUGCAGCAGUCGACGGUGUACUUCAGGGACGAGAGCGCGGGCGCGUGGGAGCUGCGGGUGUACGACGACUUUGGGUCGGACGUGGGGUCGCUGGCGUCGUGGAACAUGACGCUGACGUGCGAGCCGGAGGUGCUUGGUGUGGUGGAGCAGGUGUGCGGAGGCGAGGGCACGCUGGCUGUGGAGGCGGCGAGCGCGGGGAGCGCGCUGGUGCUGGACGGGUCGUACGAUGUGGCGGCGACCAACACGAGCACGUACAACGCGAGCGUGGGGGACUUCAUCACGCUGCGGCCGGAGGGGCCGAGCACGAAUGACAGGCUGGCGAUGGCGUACGUGGAGGGCGUGAACGCGUCGGCGGUGCUGGCGGGCGGGACGCUGGACGUGACGUUUGACGUGCAGGUGGACUUCACGGGACCGUCGUGGGACGGGUACGUGUUUGUGGACGUGGGCGUGGAGAGCGCGGCGGAGGUGGAGGGCGACGGGUACACGACGCUGGACGGCUGGUCCGACUCGGUGGGCGGGGCAGCGCGCGUGAUCUUGCAGAACAACUACGGGACGUGGUACGCACGGCUGCGCACGUCUGACAGGAGCGCCGAGCUGAGGGUGGAGCAGAGCAUCGUGUCCGGGGAGACGUACAGGCUGCGGGUGCGGCACGACCUGACGACGCUGGAGACGCGCAUCGAGGUGGGCAGCGAGGAGCAGUCCUACGGCAUGGACUCCGCAAGUUUGACGCGCCGGUGCACGAGGGGGUGCGCGUGGGCGUGUACGCGGGGGCCAGCGUCGGAGGUGCAGGAGGUGCGCGUGGGCAACAUGAGCUUCUGCGGCGGCAAGCACGCGGCGGUGAUGGGCGAGGGCUCGGUGAGCGGGAGGGACCUGCCGCCGGUGUGGCGGAGGGUGGGGGCUGACCGGAACGCUCUCACGGUUGUCGAGGCCAAGAGCGUGGACGCGAGCGCGGCGAGCAACCUGGUCGUGCCAGGCAGUGGUGGGCUGGUGGCGACGAACACGUCUGCGUACAACGCGACGACGGGCGCGGUGACGGUGGUGCCGCAGAGUGCAGCAGGGUCCACAGCUGUUGGUGUGGCGGUGUUGCAGGGCGUGGCGCCGUCGCAGCUGCUUUCGAACGGCAGCAAGGUGCUCGAUGUCGCGUUCGACCUGAUGAUCGACUACGACGGGACGAGCUCGAGUACCUUUGUGUUCGUCGACGUGGGGACGGAGGGCCUGGAGGGACUGGUGGGCGAGAGCUCUGGAAUUUUCGCGCAGUCGUCUUUUCCGUGGGCAGUCGUGCGACUUGGGUUCACCCGCUUUGGGUCUGAGAGCUGGAGGGCUGCGAUCGAGGUCCCGAACCACUUCCUCAUGACCGAUGUCUUCACGCUGCAGUCCGGCACGGUGCGCCGCGUGCGCUUCACGGUGGACGUGGUGGAAAGGAGGAUGGAGUUCUACCUGGACGGCAUCUUGGCCAGACGAGAGGACAUGAGCUCGAAUGAUAUCUUCUACCUGGAGCGCUCGCUGGAGGCACGCGGGCAUCUGACGGGCGUGAACGUCGGAGCGUUCGACCGCAGUAGGGUGCAGGACAUGCAGGUGCGUGUGGAGGGGGCGCACGAGUCGGCGUGGGACCUGGAGCUGCGGGUGAAGUCGCCGAGCCAGCGCGAGGUGCUGCUGUGGGGCGGCGACGGCGUGGCGCGGGCGGCGGGCGCGGGCGCGGGGCGGUCGAGCGUGGCGGCGGUGUUUUGGGACGAUGCGCCGGUGGCGGCCGGGAGCGACGCGGCGCUGCCGCUGACGGGCGUGGUGCGGCCGCAGGGGCGGCUGCGGGACUUCUUUGGCGAGGACCCGGAGGGCACGUGGGUGGUGAAGGUGUCGGACGGGCGGGCGAGCGACGCGGCGGAGCUGGCGGAGCGCGCGCAGGCGGUGCGGGCUGUGGAGCUGGAGUUUGUGUGCGUCGGGCCGCGGCGCGGGUAUACGGCUGACGUGGGCGAGGCGGUGCCGGACGGGGGCGUGCUGGUGUCGACGCUGGAGGUGGCGGCGGAGGACAGCUGCCCGCUGCGGUACGUGGACGUGAGCGUGGACAUUCCGCACCGGCACGUGAAGGACGUGUACGUGUACCUGACGGCGCCGAACCGGGACGUGCGGCGGCUGUACUUUGGCGACAGCGAGGGGCGCGACGGGGAGGCGAACGUGACGCGACAGCUGGUGCAGCAGUCGACGUCGUACUCCUUGGACGAGAGCGCAGGCGCGUGGGAGCUGCGGGUGUACGACGACUUUGGGUCGGACGUGGGGUCGCUGGCGUCGUGGAACAUGACGCUGACGUGCGCGCCGGAGGUGCUUGGUGUGGUGGAGCAGGUGUGCGAGGGCGAGGGCGCGCUGGCUGUACAGGCGGCGAGUGCGGGGAGCGCGCUGGUGCUGGACGGGUCUGGCUACAUGGCCCGUACCAACACGAGCACGUACAACGCGAGCGUGGGGGACUUCAUCGCGCUGCGACCGGAGGGGCCGCGGAGCACAACCAGUCGGCUGGCGAUGGCGUACGUGGAGGGCGUGAACGCGUCGGCGGUGCUGGCGGGCGGGACGCUGGACGUGACGUUUGACGUGCAGGUGGACUUCACGGGACCGUCCUGGAUUGGGUACGUGUUUGUGGACGUGGGCGUGGAGAGCGCGGCGGAGGUGGAGGGCGACUCGUACACGACGCUGGACGACUGGUCCGACUCGGUGGGCGGGGCGGCGCGCGUGAUCUUGCAGCACAGCUACGGGACGUGGUACGCACGGCUGCGCACGUCUGACAGGAGCGCCGAGAUGAGGGUGCUGCAGAGCAUCGUGUCCGGGGAGACGUACAGGCUGCGGGUGUGGCACGACCUGACGACGCUGGAGGCGCGCAUCGAGGUGGGCAGCGAGGAGCGGUACUACGGCAUGGACUCGUACGAGUUCCUGAACACGCCGGUGCACGAGGGGGUGCGCGUGGGCGUGUAUGCGUUGUGGUCGGAGGUGCAGGAGGUGCGCGUGGGCAACAUGAGCUUCUGCGGAGGCAAGCACGCGGCGGUGGCAGGCGAGGGCCCGGUGCGCGGGCAGGACCUGCCGCCGGUGUGGCGGACGGUUGAGGCCGACCGGAACGCUCUCUUAGCUGUGGAGGCCAAGAGCGUGGACGCGAGUGCGGCGAGUAACCUGGUCGUGCCAGGCAGUGGUGGGUUGGUGGCGACGAACACGUCUGCGUACAACGCGACGACGGGCGCGGUGACGGUGGUGCCGGAGAGUGCAGGGUCCACAGCUGUUGGUGUGGCUGUAUUGCAGGGCGUUGCACCGUCGCAGCUGCUUUUGAACGGUGGCAAGGUGCUGGAUGUCGCGUUCGACCUGAUGAUCGACUACGACGGGACGAGCUCGUCUUCCUUCGUGUUUGUUGACGUUGGGACGGAGGGGCUGGAGGGACUUGUGGGCGAGAGCCCUGAAAUUUUCGCGCAGUCGUCUUUUCCGUGGGCAGUCGUGCGACUUGGGUUCACCCGCAGUGGGUCUGAGCGCUGGAGGGCUGCGAUCGAGGUCCCGAACCGCUUCCUCAUGACCGAUUUCUUCACGCUGCGGUCCGGCACGGUGCGCCGCGUGCGCUUCACGGGGGACGUCAGCAACAGGAGGAUGGAGUUUUACCUGGACGGCAUCUUGGCCAGACGAGAGGGCAUGAGCUCGACUGAUAUCUUCUACCUGGAGCGGUCGCUGGAGGAGAGCGGGCAUCUGACGGGCGUGAACGUCGGGGCGUUCGACCGCAGUAGGUCCAGGCUAGGUGCCCUGCAUGUGGGCAACUUGGAGUUUGGCACCGAGUUUGCCAUCGCGGAGGUGCCGGACCACGGGGCGGUGGAGGUGGAGACGCGCGUGUCGCGGUCGGCGCUGUCGAGCUUCGCGGGCUGCACGGUGCAGGACAUGCAGGCGGUGGGCUGUGGAGCUGAGUUUGCGUGCGACGGUCGCGGCGCGGGUAUGGCCACGGACGUGGGCGAGGUGCCGGACGGGGCGUGCUGGUGUCUGACGCUGGAGGUGGCGGCGGAGGACAGCUGCCCGCUGCGGUACGUGGACGUGAGCGUGGACAUACCGCACCGGCACGUGAAGGACGUGUACGUGUACCUGACGGCGCCGAACCGGGACGUGCGGCGGCUGUACUUUGGCGACAGCGAGGGGCGCGACGGGGAGGCGAACGUGACGCGACAGCUGGUGCAGCAGUCGACGUCGUACUCCUUGGACGAGAGCGCGGGCGCGUGGGAGCUGCGGGUGUACGACGACUUUGGGUCGGACGUGGGGUCGCUGGCGUCGUGGAACAUGACGCUGACGUGCGCGCCGGAGGUGCUUGGUGUGGUGGAGCAGGUGUGCGGGGGCGAGGGCGCGCUGGCUGUGGAGGCGGCGAGCGCGGGGAGCGCGCUGGUGCUGGACGGGUCCAGUCGUGUGGCGGCGACCAACACGAGCACGUACAACGCGACUGUGGGCGACGUCAUUACGCUGCGGCCGGAGGGGCCGAGCACAAACAGCCGGCUGGCGAUGGCGUACGUGGAGGGCGUGAACGCGUCGGCGGUGCUGGCGGGCGGGACGCUGGACGUGACGUUCGACGUGCAGGUGGACUUCACGGGACCGUCGUGGGACGGGUACGUGUUUGUGGACGUGGGCGUGGAGAGCGCCGCGGAGGUGGAGGGCGACGGGUACUGGACGCUGGACGGCUGGUCCGACUCGGUGGGCGGGGCAGCGCGCGUGAUCUUGCAGAACAACUACGGGACGUGGUACGCACGGCUGCGCACGUCUGACAGGAGCGCCGAGCUGAGGGUGGAGCAGAGCAUCGUGUCCGGGGAGACGUACAGGCUGCGGGUGCGGCACGACCUGACGACGCUGGAGACGCGCAUCGAGGUGGGCAGCGAGGAGCAGUCCUACGGCAUGGAUACCUUCCACCAGGUGGACGCGCCGGUGCACGAGGGGGUGCGCGUGGGCGUGUACGCGGGGGCCAGCUCGUCGGAGGUGCAGGAGGUGCGCGUGGGCAACAUGAGCUUCUGCGGCGGCAAGCACGCGGCGGUGAUGGGCGAGGGCCCGGUGAGCGGGAGGGACCUGCCGCCGGAGUGGCGGAGGGUGGGGGCUGACCGGAACGCUCUCACGGUUGUCGAGGCCAAGAGCGUGGACGCGAGCGCGGCGAGCAACCUGGUCGUGCCAGGCAGUGGUGGGCUGGUGGCGACGAACACGUCUGCGUACAACGCGACGACGGGCGCGGUGACGGUGGUGCCGCAGAGCGCAGCAGGGUCCACAGCUGUUGGUGUGGCGGUGUUGCAGGGCGUGGCGCCGUCGCAGCUGCUUUCGAACGGCAGCAAGGUGCUCGAUGUCGCGUUCGACCUGAUGAUCGACUAUGACGGGACGGACUCGAGUACCUUUGUGUUCGUCGACGUGGGGACGGAGGGCCUGGAGGGACUGGUGGGCGAGAGCUCUGGAAUUUUCGCGCAGUCGUCUUUUCCGUGGGCAGUCGUGCGACUUGGGUUCACCCGCUUUGGGUCUGAGAGCUGGAGGGCUGCGAUCGAGGUCCCGAACCACUUCCUCAUGACCGAUGUCUUCACGCUGCAGUCCGGCACGGUGCGCCGCGUGCGCUUCACGGUGGACGUGGUGGAAAGGAGGAUGGAGUUCUACCUGGACGGCAUCUUGGCCAGACGAGAGGACAUGAGCUCGAAUGAUAUCUUCUACCUGGAGCGCUCGCUGGAGGCACGCGGGCAUCUGACGGGCGUGAACGUCGGAGCGUUCGACCGCAGUAGGUCCAGGCUGCAUGCCCUGCAUGUGGGCAACUUGGAAUUCGGCACCGAGUUUGCCAUCGCGGAGGUGCCGGACCACGGAGCAGUCGAGGUGGAGACGCGUGUGUCGCGGUCGGCGCUGUCGAGCUUCGCGGGCUGCAGGGUGCAGGACAUGCAGGUGCGUGUGGAGGUGGCGCACGAGUCGGCGUGGGACCUGGAGCUGCGGGUGAAGUCGCCGAGCCAGCGCGAGGUGCUGCUGUGGGGCGGCGACGGCGUGGCGCGGGCGGCGGGCGCGGGCGCGGGGCGGUCGAGCGUGGCGGCGGUGUUUUGGGACGAUGCGCCGGUGGCGGCCGGGAGCGACGCGGCGCUGCCGCUGACGGGCGUGGUGCGGCCGCAGGGGCGGCUGCGGGACUUCUUUGGCGAGGACCCGGAGGGCACGUGGGUGGUGAAGGUGUCGGACGGGCGGGCGAGCGACGCGGCGGAGCUGGCGGAGCGCGCGCAGGCGGUGCGGGCUGUGGAGCUGGAGUUUGCGUGCGACGGGCCGCGGCGCGGGUAUACGGCUGACGUGGGCGAGGCGGUGCCGGACGGGGGCGUGCUGGUGUCGACGCUGGAGGUGGCGGCGGAGGACAGCUGCCCGCUGCGGUACGUGGACGUGAGCGUGGACAUUCCGCACCGGCACGUGAAGGACGUGUACGUGUACCUGACGGCGCCGAACCGGGACGUGCGGCGGCUGUACUUCGGCGACAGCGAGGGGCGCGACGGGGAGGCGAACGUGACGCGGCAGCUGGUGCAGCAGUCGCAGGCGUACCUGGGGGACGAGAGCGCAGGCGCGUGGGAGCUGCGGGUGUACGACGACUUUGGGUCGGACGUGGGGUCGCUGGCGUCGUGGAACAUGGCGCUGACGUGCGAGCCGGAGGUGCUUGGUGUGGUGGAGCAGGUGUGCGGGGGCGAGGGCGCGCUGGCUGUGGAGGCGGCGAGCGCGGGGAGCGCGCUGGUGCUGGACGGGUCCAGUCGUGUGGCGGCGACCAACACGAGCACGUACAACGCGAGCGUGGGGGACUUCAUCGCGCUGCGGCCGGAGGGGCCGAGCACGAAUGACAGGCUGGCGAUGGCGUACGUGGAGGGCGUGAACGCGUCGGCGGUGCUGGCGGGCGGGACGCUGGACGUGACGUUUGACGUGCAGGUGGACUUCACGGGACCGUCGUGGGACGGGUACGUGUUUGUGGACGUGGGCGUGGAGAGCGCGGCGGAGGUGGAGGGCGACGGGUACACGACGCUGGACGGCUGGUCCGACUCGGUGGGCGGGGCAGCGCGCGUGAUCUUGCAGAACAACUACGGGACGUGGUACGCACGGCUGCGCACGUCUGACAGGAGCGCCGAGCUGAGGGUGGAGCAGAGCAUCGUGUCCGGGGAGACGUACAGGCUGCGGGUGCGGCACGACCUGACGACGCUGGAGACGCGCAUCGAGGUGGGCAGCGAGGAGCAGUCCUACGGCAUGGUCUCCAGCAACGUAAUUGACGCGCCGGUGCACGAGGGGGUGCGCGUGGGCGUGUACGCGGGGGCCAGCUCGUCGGAGGUGCAGGAGGUGCGCGUGGGCAACAUGAGCUUCUGCGGCGGCAAGCACGCGGCGGUGACGGGCGAGGGCCCGGUGAGCGGGAGGGACCUGCCGCCGGUGUGGCGGAGGGCGGGGGCUGACCGGAACGCUCUCACGGUUGUCGAGGCCAAGAGCGUGGACGCGAGCGCGGCGAGCAACCUGGUCGUGCCAGGCAGUGGUGGGCUGGUGGCGACGAACACGUCUGCGUACAACGCGACGACGGGCGCGGUGACGGUGGUGCCGCAGAGUGCAGCAGGGUCCACAGCUGUUGGUGUGGCGGUGUUGCAGGGCGUGGCGCCGUCGCAGCUGCUUUCGAACGGCAGCAAGGUGCUCGAUGUCGCGUUCGACCUGAUGAUCGACUACGACGGGACGAGCUCGAGUACCUUUGUGUUCGUCGACGUGGGGACGGAGGGCCUGGAGGGACUGGUGGGCGAGAGCUCUGGAAUUUUCGCGCAGUCGUCUUUUCCGUGGGCAGUCGUGCGACUUGGGUUCACCCGCUUUGGGUCUGAGAGCUGGAGGGCUGCGAUCGAGGUCCCGAACCACUUCCUCAUGACCGAUGUCUUCACGCUGCAGUCCGGCACGGUGCGCCGCGUGCGCUUCACGGUGGACGUGGUGGAAAGGAGGAUGGAGUUCUACCUGGACGGCAUCUUGGCCAGACGAGAGGACAUGAGCUCGAAUGAUAUCUUCUACCUGGAGCGCUCGCUGGAGGCACGCGGGCAUCUGACGGGCGUGAACGUCGGAGCGUUCGACCGCAGUAGGUCCAGGCUGCAUGCCCUGCAUGUGGGCAACUUGGAAUUCGGCACCGAGUUUGCCAUCGCGGAGGUGCCGGACCACGGAGCAGUCGAGGUGGAGACGCGUGUGUCGCGGUCGGCGCUGUCGAGCUUCGCGGGCUGCAGGGUGCAGGACAUGCAGGUGCGUGUGGAGGUGGCGCACGAGUCGGCGUGGGACCUGGAGCUGCGGGUGAAGUCGCCGAGCCAGCGCGAGGUGCUGCUGUGGGGCGGCGACGGCGUGGCGCGGGCGGCGGGCGCGGGCGCGGGGCGGUCGAGCGUGGCGGCGGUGUUUUGGGACGAUGCGCCGGUGGCGGCCGGGAGCGACGCGGCGCUGCCGCUGACGGGCGUGGUGCGGCCGCAGGGGCGGCUGCGGGACUUCUUUGGCGAGGACCCGGAGGGCACGUGGGUGGUGAAGGUGUCGGACGGGCGGGCGAGCGACGCGGCGGAGCUGGCGGAGCGCGUGCAGGCGGUGCGGGCUGUGGAGCUGGAGUUUGCGUGCGACGGGCCGCGGCGCGGGUAUACGGCUGACGUGGGCGAGGUGCCGGACGGGGGCGUGCUGGUGUCGACGCUGGAGGUGGCGGCGGAGGACAGCUGCCCGCUGCGGUACGUGGACGUGAGCGUGGACAUACCGCACCGGCACGUGAAGGACGUGUACGUGUACCUGACGGCGCCGAACCGGGACGUGCGGCGGCUGUACUUUGGCGACAGCGAGGGGCGCGACGGGGAGGCGAACGUGACGCGACAGCUGGUGCAGCAGUCGACGUCGUACUCCUUGGACGAGAGCGCGGGCGCGUGGGAGCUGCGGGUGUACGACGACUUUGGGUCGGACGUGGGGUCGCUGGCGUCGUGGAACAUGACGCUGACGUGCGCGCCGGAGGUGCUUGGUGUGGUGGAGCAGGUGUGCGGGGGCGAGGGCGCGCUGGCUGUGGAGGCGGCGAGCGCGGGGAGCGCGCUGGUGCUGGACGGGUCCAGUCGUGUGGCGGCGACCAACACGAGCACGUACAACGCGACUGUGGGCGACGUCAUUACGCUGCGGCCGGAGGGGCCGAGCACAAACAGCCGGCUGGCGAUGGCGUACGUGGAGGGCGUGAACGCGUCGGCGGUGCUGGCGGGCGGGACGCUGGACGUGACGUUCGACGUGCAGGUGGACUUCACGGGACCGUCGUGGGACGGGUACGUGUUUGUGGACGUGGGCGUGGAGAGCGCCGCGGAGGUGGAGGGCGACGGGUACUGGACGCUGGACGGCUGGUCCGACUCGGUGGGCGGGGCAGCGCGCGUGAUCUUGCAGAACAACUACGGGACGUGGUACGCACGGCUGCGCACGUCUGACAGGAGCGUCGGGCUGAGGGUGGAGCAGAGCAUCGUGUCCGGGGAGACGUACAGGCUGCGGGUGCGGCACGACCUGACGACGCUGGAGACGCGCAUCGAGGUGGGCAGCGAGGAGCAGUCCUACGGCAUGGAUACCUUCCACCAGGUGGACGCGCCGGUGCACGAGGGGGUGCGCGUGGGCGUGUACGCGGGGGCCAGCUCGUCGGAGGUGCAGGAGGUGCGCGUGGGCAACAUGAGCUUCUGCGGCGGCAAGCACGCGGCGGUGAUGGGCGAGGGCCCGGUGAGCGGGAGGGACCUGCCGCCGGAGUGGCGGAGGGUGGGGGCUGACCGGAACGCUCUCACGGUUGUCGAGGCCAAGAGCGUGGACGCGAGCGCGGCGAGCAACCUGGUCGUGCCAGGCAGUGGUGGGCUGGUGGCGACGAACACGUCUGCGUACAACGCGACGACGGGCGCGGUGACGGUGGUGCCGCAGAGUGCAGCAGGGUCCACAGCUGUUGGUGUGGCGGUGUUGCAGGGCGUGGCGCCGUCGCAGCUGCUUUCGAACGGCAGCAAGGUGCUCGAUGUCGCGUUCGACCUGAUGAUCGACUAUGACGGGACGGACUCGAGUACCUUUGUGUUCGUCGACGUGGGGACGGAGGGCCUGGAGGGACUGGGGGGCGAGAGCUCUGGAAUUUUCGCGCAGUCGUCUUUUCCGUGGGCAGUCGUGCGACUUGGGUUCACCCGCUUUGGGUCUGAGAGCUGGAGGGCUGCGAUCGAGGUCCCGAACCACUUCCUCAUGACCGAUGUCUUCACGCUGCAGUCCGGCACGGUGCGCCGCGUGCGCUUCACGGUGGACGUGGUGGAAAGGAGGAUGGAGUUCUACCUGGACGGCAUCUUGGCCAGACGAGAGGACAUGAGCUCGAAUGAUAUCUUCUACCUGGAGCGCUCGCUGGAGGCACGCGGGCAUCUGACGGGCGUGAACGUCGGAGCGUUCGACCGCAGUAGGUCCAGGCUGCAUGCCCUGCAUGUGGGCAACUUGGAAUUCGGCACCGAGUUUGCCAUCGCGGAGGUGCCGGACCACGGAGCAGUCGAGGUGGAGACGCGUGUGUCGCGGUCGGCGCUGUCGAGCUUCGCGGGCUGCAGGGUGCAGGACAUGCAGGUGCGUGUGGAGGGGGCGCACGAGUCGGCGUGGGACCUGGAGCUGCGGGUGAAGUCGCCGAGCCAGCGCGAGGUGCUGCUGUGGGGCGGCGACGGCGUGGCGCGGGCGGCGGGCGCGGGCGCGGGGCGGUCGAGCGUGGCGGCGGUGUUUUGGGACGAUGCGCCGGUGGCGGCCGGGAGCGACGCGGCGCUGCCGCUGACGGGCGUGGUGCGGCCGCAGGGGCGGCUGCGGGACUUCUUUGGCGAGGACCCGGAGGGCACGUGGGUGGUGAAGGUGUCGGACGGGCGGGCGAGCGACGCGGCGGAGCUGGCGGAGCGCGCGCAGGCGGUGCGGGCUGUGGAGCUGGAGUUUGUGUGCGUCGGGCCGCGGCGCGGGUAUACGGCUGACGUGGGCGAGGCGGUGCCGGACGGGGGCGUGCUGGUGUCGACGCUGGAGGUGGCGGCGGAGGACAGCUGCCCGCUGCGGUACGUGGACGUGAGCGUGGACAUUCCGCACCGGCACGUGAAGGACGUGUACGUGUACCUGACGGCGCCGAACCGGGACGUGCGGCGGCUGUACUUUGGCGACAGCGAGGGGCGCGACGGGGAGGCGAACGUGACGCGACAGCUGGUGCAGCAGUCGACGUCGUACUCCUUGGACGAGAGCGCAGGCGCGUGGGAGCUGCGGGUGUACGACGACUUUGGGUCGGACGUGGGGUCGCUGGCGUCGUGGAACAUGACGCUGACGUGCGCGCCGGAGGUGCUUGGUGUGGUGGAGCAGGUGUGCGAGGGCGAGGGCGCGCUGGCUGUACAGGCGGCGAGUGCGGGGAGCGCGCUGGUGCUGGACGGGUCUGGCUACAUGGCCCGUACCAACACGAGCACGUACAACGCGAGCGUGGGGGACUUCAUCGCGCUGCGACCGGAGGGGCCGCGGAGCACAACCAGUCGGCUGGCGAUGGCGUACGUGGAGGGCGUGAACGCGUCGGCGGUGCUGGCGGGCGGGACGCUGGACGUGACGUUUGACGUGCAGGUGGACUUCACGGGACCGUCCUGGAUUGGGUACGUGUUUGUGGACGUGGGCGUGGAGAGCGCGGCGGAGGUGGAGGGCGACUCGUACACGACGCUGGACGACUGGUCCGACUCGGUGGGCGGGGCGGCGCGCGUGAUCUUGCAGCACAGCUACGGGACGUGGUACGCACGGCUGCGCACGUCUGACAGGAGCGCCGAGAUGAGGGUGCUGCAGAGCAUCGUGUCCGGGGAGACGUACAGGCUGCGGGUGUGGCACGACCUGACGACGCUGGAGGCGCGCAUCGAGGUGGGCAGCGAGGAGCGGUACUACGGCAUGGACUCGUACGAGUUCCUGAACACGCCGGUGCACGAGGGGGUGCGCGUGGGCGUGUAUGCGUUGUGGUCGGAGGUGCAGGAGGUGCGCGUGGGCAACAUGAGCUUCUGCAGAGGCAACUUUGCCACUGCCAAUCCCGACACAGCUGAGACGGCGUCCUCCAGCUCGACCACGUACAUCGUCGCGAGUAGUCAGCCGCAUUGGGUUCCAGCUGGGGGCAGCACCGAGCUCUCCCUCAGCCGCACCUUGAGUUCGACGGAUUUCGACUGCAACGUCACAGACGGCGCCAUCGACAUCGACGUCGCCCACGCGGAUCCCGAGAGCCUACAGUUCUACUUACAUGCGCAGUCCGGGUACGGCAUCGCGCUGCGCGUUCCUCCGACCAACACGACUGUCGAGCCCUCACACACCGAGUCUCCUGUUGCACCACGCAACGUGUCGAGCAUCGUGAACGGGGGGGCGAUGGCCGCAAGUGCGGGCCUGCUCGUGACGACGAGCGACGCAGGGGUCGACGUGUUCGAGCGCAACGCCCAGGGAGCGUGGUCUGCCGUGGACGUGCUGCCACCUCCCGUGAACGCGUCUUCGAACUUCGGUGCGCGAGCACGCACCCUUGCAGUGAUCGGGGACAACCGCAUCAUUGUCUCUGACCCGGGCUUCGGGGGGUCGCGAGGGACAGUCUUCUCGUACGUCCGCGCCACCGGCGGCUCUUGGAUGCUCAGUCAGACGCUCAUGUCGCUUGGUGACGACCACUUCGGUGCGGCUGUAGACGUCGCCGGGAACGGCACGCUCGUCGUGAUGUCGGAGAAGAGUCUGCAUGUGUACGCUUCGAACGACGCGUCGACCUGGAAGUUGAACCAGACGUUGGAGCUCAAUUACGUGGCGCCGUCUGGAGAGCCGGGGGCACUUGCGGUCUCGUCCGGCUUCAUUGCCGUAGCGGACGUGCCGAGGCUGUUCCAGUCUGCGACGUCGUUCGUCAUAUUCGAGAAGGGCGCAGAUGGGCGCUGGACACUGAUGCAGCGAAUCGACCGCUCUGGCACAACUGCCCUUGCCUUCAGCGACAACGAGCUGCUCGUCGGCGACGCAUCCGUCAGCUUCGGGCGCGUCGCAGUCUACACGAUCACGGACGCAUUGACGGAAAGCAGCUACAUCCAGCCAGUCGAUAGGCGCACGGGAGACAAGUUCGGGUCUUCCAUCACAGUGCAGGGUGGAACAGCCGUCCUGAUGGCUCCCGGUCACGUCGGCAACUGCAGUGACGGUCAGAUUGGCACUCUCGGUGCGAUGUACGUCAUGAACCGCGCGCAGGACGGUGCGUGGCUCCUCGACGAGCAGCCACUGCUGCGGCCGUGCUCCGAUGACAUGGUGCUCCCCGAGACCAACGGGCAGGUCGCUUUCUCGCGUGAUCACGUGCUCACGGCGUUUGAUCGCACCAGGCUCAGCAUUCAGACCACGGAAUCGGGCCCGGGCGCGGUGUUCGAGACGCAGCUGCCGUCGGCCACAGUUGGCACUACUCGCUACACCAUCGGCGGGAAGGCGACUGACGCGACAGACGGCAGGACAUUCUUUGAGUCGCUCGAGCCCUUCACGGCCCUUGCGGGAAUCGACGGGCGCGGGGGAACCUGGACGCUGAAGGUCACAGACAGCCGCAAGGGCCGGCACGCUGCUAUCCAGCACAUCGUGAGUGCCAAUCUGCGCCUGUCCUGCUCAGGAGGGAACGUGACGCGCUCGCUCGACGCCGCUGUCCCCGACAACGGCAAGUUCGUUGACACGAUCGAGAUCAACAACAUCCGGGGCUGCCUGGUAGACGGGGUUCAGGCCAACCUCAACAUCAAGCACAGGCACGUCAAGGACCUCGUCGUGUACUUGGGUAGGCCGGACGGCGUCGCCGAGCGGCAGUACUACGGGGACACCCAGGGCCUGGACGGCGUUGCGGACCUGGAACGUUCCAUCUCCCUGUGGAGCCAGUUCAGCGGCCAGGACGUGUCGGGCAACUGGACGCUCCAUGUCUACGACGACUUCGGGUCAGACUUGGGGUCGCUUUCAUCCUGGAGCUUGACAUUCGCCUGCCGGCGCAAGGUGCCUGCAUCGUGCUACAACGCUGAUGCUGUGGUGCACCCUCUCUCCGACAUCGAGUCUGCCAGCGUGCCGCGUUUCAACUCGGCCGGAGCAGGAACUUUCGCGUCCAGCGUCGAGAGCGCAAGCGCUGUGUUCUCUUCGGACACGGAGGCCUCGCACAUUGCGCGUCUCCCAGUAAAGCUCUCUUUGACUGGGGCGACGUUCAAGUUCUGGUCCGAGUUCCGGCGCCAAGGCGCAGCAUUUUCUCGCGAUAACCACCUGUGGUUCAGCUUCGGGCGAGAGACACCUGCGCAGGCGUGGCAGUCGCGGUCCUACUUCUCGACGGACGACAUCACGGACGACCUGGACGAGCACGAGUUCCGCAUCGGCAUCGAGUGGCGCAGCGAACAGAGCUGCAGCAUCAUUCUCGGUCGCGGGUCGUCGUAUAGGAGCAGUUCCGUAUCCGACAACGACUACAGCCUGCCUUCGGAGAUCUGCACUGGUGACGAGUGGCACCUGUUCGUCGUGGAGAUCGAGCCGUCGGAUUUCUCCUUCGUGAAAAUCAACGUCGGCUUCGAUGCGUACCGCACAGAAGCGUUGUUCUACCUGGGCUUCUCUUCGCAGCAGUACAGUCAGCGCCUCCCGGGCUACAUGCUCAUGGCAGCCCGUGGCACCUCGGUGUCGGUCGGGGCGCGCGUGAUCGGCACAUCGUCCAGGAACGCCACCGUCGAGGUGCGCGGCCUCACGACGUGCCGCUUCCCGGGCUCCGAUGUCCAGCCGCUGGCCCUGGCGCCUGUCAAGGGCGACUGUGCACCUGAUGUCGCGCACGCUGAGGCUGCGCAGACGGCCCCGACCACUCAACUCAGCGACGCGACUGCGAUCUGCGUCUACGCUGACGAGAGACCGGCGUCGAACCGACCGGUUGACCGGAUGAGCGUGCCUCGCGACGCCAGGGUGACGGGCAUCAACAUCACCGUCGACCUGGAGCACACCGACUUGAGCCGCCUCUCGCUGGACCUCGUCUCGCCGAUCGGCACGGCCGUCCCUCUCGUGCGUUCGAACUCGACCUACGGAAUGCGGCUGGCGCGCACGCGCUUCUCCGACGCGGCUGCCGACACGGCUGCCGAGGGCGACAUGCCCUACAGGGGGGCGUACCGGCCCAUGGAGGCCUUCGCCGCCCUCGUCGACGAGCCUGCGACCGGAUCAUGGUGUCUCCAGGUUCGGAAUGAGCCGUCUACCGCUCCGGUGAGGUACAUCUUCAAGAGCUUCAAAGUGCAGCUUGCCACGCGGGAUGGCAACCACCAGAGCCUGCGCGAGCACGUGGCCGUCUCGAAGCGCAUCCCCGACGCCGCACUGCUCGAGCAGACGCUCAACAUCACGACGGAGCGCAGCUGCACGCUCGAGGGCGCCCGCUUCGUCACGGACGUGCACCACACGCACCACACUGACAUCAGGGCAUGGUUCCAGGCGCCCACCGGGACGUUCGGCGUGAUCACGGACGAGUACGGUUUUAAGGAGGGCAUCGACGGCGUUGUUUCGAAGUCGUACGGGUACGGUGGGAGCCAGCAGCCGGGGUACGGCUCGGGCUCGCUGUCGAACCUCAUGCAAGGCACAAACAACACGGGGCUGUGGAAGGUGUGGGUGCAGGACGACUUCGCUGGUGACGUCGGUAGCGUCGGCACGGAGAUGUGCUUCACCUGCCGCUACAGCGCGGAGCCGACGUGCCCUAUCGCCGGCCGUGCCAACAGCACUCAUGUUCCCGAGGGCUUGCAGCUCAGGGACAUCGACGCAGCAGGCAACGCGUACGUCGUCGGCCAGGACUCGCGCCGCCGGGUGCUGAGGAUCCUGCGCAACAGAAGGACGGAGGUGCUGGCCUCGAACUUCGCGUCCACCCCAGAGGACAUUGCUGUGUCGCUGAGCGGCGUUGUGUACGUGGCGGUCGGCAACCAGGUCGUGCGCAUCCAGGACGGGACUCAGAGCAUCUUCGCGACGACGCCCGGCCGCCCAGUGAGUCUGGCAGUUGCCGAGGAGGAUUUGCUGUUUGUCGCAACCGACCAGGGCAGUGUCCUGUUGGUGAACAGCACCUCCAGCUCGGUCUUCCACCCUUCGUCUUUCUCGUCGAGCGGCAUCCGCGCGCUCACAGUCGAGCCGGGCCAGCGGCGCAGUGUGUUCGCGGCGUUCUCGAACAGCUGCGUCCAGCGUCUGCUGGGCAACGGCACAUCAACGCCGGUCCUGGGAGUCUGCGGGAGGACUGGGAGGCCCAUCGACGGCGACGUCGCGACAAAGACUGCAAUCAGUUACCCCGAGGGCGUGGCCAUCGACAGGGCUACCGGCGACAUCUAUGUGUCGGACAACAGCCUCGACGUAGUGCUGCGGGUCCGCGACGGCAGGGUGAAGAUCGUCGCGGGCCAGACGUCCACGGAGACACGGCCGCGCCUCGGUGAGGCUGCGAACCUGCAACCGAUCCGCCGACCUGGGAAGGUUUUCGUCGACACUGCAGCAAGGGAGCUUGUUUUCGAGGAGGGCAAGGGGUCCUCAGAUGCCACGAUCGUCUCCGUGCCGCUCACUGCGGACUGCAUACCCACCCUCACGAGCCCGCCGGUUACGGCUGUAGCGACCCGGCCCGGCAACAGCGCGGUCAGGAAGAAGUUCAAGGUCACCACCGCCAUCAAGAUCACCUUAAACAGUUCCAUCACUCAACAAGAGGAAUUGGCUCUCAAGUAUGUUGCCCUGCGUCUCCUCCAGCUGCCUGAGGCGCUGCUGGAUGCCCCGGGCGUCAACGUUGUGGUUGAACGCGUGCCAUCGGGGCGCCGCCUGCUCCAGGUCUUCGAGUACCAGGUGCGGAUCGAGUACGUCACCGAGAACCAGGAGGAGGCCCAGAGGGCGGCCACAUCUGCGCAGAGGCUCACGCAGGACACGGCCGAGUCUCAGAACGAGCUGCUGACGCUCAUUCAGACGAGCAUCGCGGAAGCAGGUGGAGAUCCCACAGAAGUGCAGAGCGUGGCGGUGGAGCAGGCAGCACAGAUCGAGGAGACGGUCAUCGAGGACACCCCGCACACCAUCCAGGACUACGACCGCCCCGGACACCACUGCGCCGCUGACGUCACCUGCUACCUCCGCUGCUGUCGCAACGUCUCCAGCGGGCACUACGGUUGCGGCCACCACCACGGCUGCAGCGACGACAUUCGUCCCAGAGACCAGCGCUUCCACGACGAGGGCUGCAAGUACCAGCACGCCAUCAUCCACGCCGGAAUCCACCACCGCUGUGUCAACGACUGA